AUGGGCUCCAUUGGCGAAGAGCCGAAGGUCGAACGCAUCAUCAAAACCGACCUCCACCAGUACGGCAGAAGAAAGCGAACAGAUGGGCCUUACGCAGACAAUCUAAAUCUUGACUGCCUGAUCGUGGGCGCGGGCUUUGGUGGUGCCUACAGUCUCCACGAGCUUAGGAAGCAAGGGUUCAAUACUGUGCUGUACGACGCUGGCACGAGCUUCGGCGGGACAUGGAGAUGGAACUGCUACCCGGGUGCUCGCGUAGACAGCCCAGUGCCUAUCUAUGAACUCGCCAUCCCAGAAGUCUACAAAGAUUGGACAUGGUCGACCAAUUAUCCCGACUGGCGCGAGCUUCAGGGCUACUUUGACCACAUGGACAGAGUCCUCAAUCUGAGCAAGGACUGCGCCUUCGAGACCGUGGUCACAAGCGCAGAGUUUGACAAGGACUCUGGCAAGUGGACGGUCAAGACGGCUGAUGGUCGGUCUGCCACAGCGACGUAUCUGAUUGUAGCUGCUGGGUUUGCGGCCAAAAGAUAUAUCCCCGAUGUGCCUGGACUCGAUAGCUUCAAGGGAGAGAUUCACCACUCCUCCUUCUGGCCGCAAGAAGGAGUCGACUUCACGAACAAGCGAUGCGCCGUCAUUGGUACUGGAGCGUCCGGCGUCCAGAUCAUCCAAGAGAUGGGCGCCAAAGCCUCCCAGCUCACAGUCUAUCAGCGCACACCUAAUCUCGCCUUGCCUAUGGGCCGCCGCGAUUUGACCGCCGAAGAGCAGAACCAGCUCAAGCCCUUUUAUCCCGAGAUCCAUGCUAUGCGAGAGCGAUGCUUUGCUGGGUUCCACUACGACCUGAACGAGAAGAACACUUACGACGAUACGCCCGAGGAGCGCGAGGCAUUCUUCGAGACACUGUGGAAGCAGCAGGGUUUUGCUCUGUGGCUUGGCGGCUAUAAAGACUAUUUGUUCGUCGACAAGUGCAACGAUGAGGCAUACAACUUCUGGCGGAAGAAGCAGUCACAACGUGUUAAGAAUCCGGAGAAGAAGAAGAUUCUGUUCCCAGAGCAGAAGCCACAUCCGUUUGGUGUGAAGAGGCCUUGUUUGGAGCAGAACUACUACGAAACCCUCGACCGUGACAACGUUGAUUUAGUCGACAUCAACGAGAAGAACGGCUCGCCCAUCCAAAAGUUCACCGAAAAGGGCAUCGUCACUGAUGGCGUCGAGCGCGAAUUCGACAUUAUCUGCCUCGCCACCGGCUUUGAUGUUGUAACAGGCGGAAUGACCAGCAUGGGCCUCAAAUCCGUCAACGGAACGUAUCUCCAGGACGAGUGGAAAGACGCUGCAAACACCUUCCUAGGCACCACCAUCGCUGGAUACCCUAAUUUGUUUCAUCUCUACGGCCCUCAUGGUCCGACACUGUUGUCCAACGGCCCAAGCAGCGUAGAAAUUCAGGCUCGCUGGAUCAGAGACGCCAUCACCAAGGCGCAUCGUCAGGGCUUGAAAUAUGUCAACCCGACGAAGGAGGCGAGCGACAAGUGGAAGCAGCGAAUCAACGAUUUGGCCGCACCGACGUUGUUCCCGACGACCAGAAGCACGUACAUGGGCGGUAGUGUGCCCGGCAAGGCGUUCGAGAUGACUUGUUAUGCUGGGGGUGUGAAUGCUUACGGUCCGGAAAUUCGAGGGUAUCUUGACACAUGGAAUGGGUUUGAGACUGUUGCGGCAUAG